AUGACAACGACAACAAGAAAAACAACAUUCUCCCCGCCCGCCACCGUGAUCACCCGCUCCCCGUGGCACUCCCCGGUGCCCUACCUCUUCGGCGGCCUCGCCGCCAUGCUGGGGCUCAUAGUGUUUGCUUUACUGAUUCUCGCAUGCUCCUACUGGAAGCUCUCCGGCCGCAUGCAGGAGGAGAGCGAGCGCGACCUCGAGGCCGGCGACCAGAAGCCGGAGAACUCGCCGGUGAAGGACUUUCCGGCGCCGUUUGAGGAGAAGAUUGUGGUGAUCAUGGCCGGAGAUGUGAAGCCCACGUUCUUGGCGACUCCGGUGGUGAGUAACAAAGUGUGCGUGGUCGAGAAAGUCGGGGAGAGUGAGAAAACGACGCCGGAAAAGUCGCCGGAGCAACGGGAACGGGAACGGGAACAAGAAACGGGGAGUCAAGAGAGUUGA